ACGCUCCCUUCGGCCCCGGUGCAUUGUGGGUACGGAAUUCCCUAGGCCGAAGGGAGCCAGUGCGCAGGUCUGAAAGAAACUCCAUGAUUUUUUUUGGCACGAAAUCCUGGAGAAAAUAGGAACUUGAAACUGGGAUUAAUGGGAACAGGACAUUACUUGAAGCACAUUAAAACCUUAACUCGUUUUCACGUGCUUAAGAAGCUUAUAUGUAUAUUGACGCUUUGAAUGAAACACUCGGUUUGUCGGUGACUGAGUGAGAAACUCGAGAUUUAAGACCAAUUUUUGGCGACAAUGCAACGGGCGCAAUAAAAAACCCCAGCUAGCGUUAUUGCUCUUUGUUUUUAGGCAGGACGGACGUAUGGCGCAAAGAGAGAAAAGGUAGGAAAGUGCUUGAAAAAUAGUGCAGUGGAGUAUAAGGAGCUCCGAGCAGCAGCACUUGGAGCUAAAGGCUGUCCGAAAAGCUCCGCUAUCUCUCGCCUCUGCUUUGCAACGCGGCUAACAAGCAGCAAACUUCGUAAACAGAGGAGAUUGUGAGAGUUGAGAGAAAUCUUUCCAAAGCCAAGAGAGACCACUGGGAGUAAAGAGACGAGAGGCCAGCCUGGUUUCACCAGAACUGACUUCAGUUGUGUUGGGCGCUGACAACACUACUUAGAAUGUCUUUAAUGGGGUGGAUUUUAUGGAUGUUGCUGACUCCGGCUAAAUAAAGAUGAAAAGGAGCUGGAUGAGUGUGAGCCAAAAUGACUGGGGGCAGUGAGAAGGCAGCAGGAAAAAAAGAUGGUGGUCCAACGCUCACCGCUCAGGUCCCUGUUGGUUGGCAGAGAAAAGUGGAGGAUGGGGCAGUGGCUUACAUUAGCCCAAGUGGUACUGUUCUGUGUUCUGUGGAAGAGGUGAGGGUGUAUCUGUUAACAGAUGGCACAUGUAAGUGUGGACUGGAAUGCCCACUGGUCCUUCAUAAGGUGUUCAACUUUGACCCUUGUGCAGGGGUUAAUGCUCAGAGUCAUCAGUCAGGGAAGGUGGAAGAAGAUAUGACCAAACUGUGCAACCAUCGCAGGAAAGUGGUCGCCAUGGCUGCUCUGUGUCGGAGUAUGCAGGCUUCCCAAAUACCAUUACCAGCUCAUGGCUCAGGGAGUGGUGUGUGCUCAGUGGAUGGAAAAGAUAAGAGAGUGUCAAUAGUGGCUCGAGGAGAUGUAGCCCAGCGCACAUACACAACCCAGCUGACACUGAACCAGGUCAGACCCAGCAGCAGUGGCAGCUUUCCUAUGCCCUUGCCUCUUCUUCAGAAUGGAUCUGUAUCUCACACCACCUCUAUACUGACUUCUGAUCCAAACCCACCUUUAAAGAAGACUUCUCCCCAGUCCCCAGGACCCAGUGUAACUGCUUAUGGGAAACAACAUUGGAGCUCUCAUCCUGCCCUUACCCAAACCAUUCUCCAAAGAGCACCUCAUAAGCCAGUUUCUCCCAGCACUACAAAACUAGACACAACCCACAUGUACCAGACAGACUCUUCCCUUCCCGUAACAUUUUCUUCACCACCCUCUUCAUCUUCACCUGUGAUUGCUAGGGCAGGACAGCCUCAUCUACAGGGAACAGUGAAAUCUUCUCCUCCUCCUCCUCCUCUUUCUCUAUGUUCAUCCCCUUCUCGUGCUCAGGACUCUUUCUCCCCUCAUCAGCGAUCUUGUCACUCCUCUACCUCCUCUCUCUCUGAGGGAGCUCCAGGAUCCAUGUUCGCUCAGGGGGUGAAACCUUCCCAUUCUCCUCUGCCUCCCGCCCAACCUUGCUCUUCACCCAAACUCUCUGUACCCCCGGCCAGCCCACGCAGUCGCCUGGAGGGCAUUUUGCAGCACUACAAAGACUGCAGCACCACCAACCCUGACUCUACUCAACAACACCACACAUUCAGCAGCAAAAACAAACUUGAAACUCUGCAGAAUCCACAGCCAGCCCAGAAUAAUUCCUGUGAUAAAAGGAAUGGACCAGUACUAGGUUCUGCCCCAGGACUGAUUGGUCUCCCUUUGGGACAGAUCCUGUGUCAGCAGAAGAGCCAGCAGCACAUCAGCAACUCCUUCCCAGCUAGUAGCCUCCUUUCUGCAGCAGCCAAAGCCCAGUUGGCCAGCCAGAAAAACCAGAGUCAGACCAGGGCUGUAGAAACAGCCAUGGACAAGGAGCAGCAGUCCAAGGUAUUAAUUAGCACUUUAAAUAGUAGCCUCAACACCCCUACAGCCCCAACCCAGACUUUGACUGCUUUUUUGCUUCCUAAUUCCCCCUCUCUCCCUAUGUCUAACCCUGCUCAGUCUGAAAAAAUAUUACGUCGCAGACGCCAGCGUCGCUCACCCACUGUUCUUAGCAUGCUGAAAGAAUCGCAGAUAAAUCGAACUGUGGGAGACCUGGUUGCGUCCGCCGCUAUUGUCCCUUUUCCUUCUUUAUCGUCCUCUAGCUGUCCUCCUCCUGUCACUCUCUCAGAAAACCACCUCCAGCCUGCACGCUUGUCUGGUGCUCCUCCUUCCACCACUUCUGUGCCUAAUACUGUACUAAGGCAGAUGGAAUUGGAGGAGGGAAAAAGAAUGCCUCUUUCAAAUUCCCUUCCUCUCUCCUCACCCCCUGCUUCAUCUCAACCUCUCUCUGCCCUGCUUCAGCUCCUCAGUAUGCAGACCGCCCACAACAACACCACUCUGCCGACGAUACCACCCAGCAGGAACAUGAUUGUGCCGGCUUCUUCACCACCUUUGGUGACCUCUCAAAUGCCUCACUAUGACAGCCAGCUUGGACAACAAACACAUAUCCACAUAAAACAGUCUCAGACCCAAACCCUGGUGCCUGCUUUGGAUCCUCUUUCCCAUCUGACAUCUGCUCAGUCCCUUUCUCUGACGUGUGAAGACACGGAAGGAGUUGCAGUAAACCUCAAAACAACAGCAAACAGUGCAGUUUUGAACUUGAGCCUGCCUAACACAAACACCGGUUCAGGAAGUGAACCUCCCAUUAGCAGUCGUACCCUUGGUGUGAUAAGCCAGCUGCCCUCAGACACCUGCAUGUCUGCUUCCACCAUUUCAGACAAAACCUGUGGAUCCAAACUAGGGGAUAUGGGACCUGAUCAUAACAUUUACCAAACAAACCAGCCAGACCAAAUCCAGGCUGCAGAUAGUGAUGGUCCUGUAAUAUCAGAAGAACAGCAGAAUUUGGAGACUAAACUACUUUCUAGCUGUGAUCCUGAACCUAACCUCUCCCUAACCCAUGCACCUGGCACCUCUUCAGCUGAUCUCCCAAACUCUGCGGCUGACCAUGCAAACACCUUGCAGCUGGCUGAGUCGUUCCCCUUCAUGACACAGGAACAGCUGCUCCAACUUCUUUCCUCCAAUGCAGCCCUGCCUUCGCUUCUUCCCCCGUUCUUAGGUUCUCUGCCUCUUGGGCUCUGGACAGGCACUCAGGCUCCUACAACCGGAGGCACCCAAACUCCACAAGGAGCAAACAACCUCCUCAACCAGGCUUCCCCACUCAAUGUUUUGCCUUCUGCACUGGGACCUCAGGGGGACCUUCCUCUUAAUCUUGUUAGUCUAUUAAAUCCUUCUGCUCCAGGGCCUCCACUGGCUCCAGGUGUAGCUCCAGGGCUUGAAGCUGGUGAAAAGAACCCUGGACUUCAGGCACUGCUCAUGGCAUCUUUGCUUUUUGGGCAGAAUCCAGCUGCCAUGCUCCCAUUGCCAGGACUCAAUUUAGAUCUCCCUCCGCUGCAGCAGGUAUUUGGGGAAGGAGUGACUCUAGAGAAGACCCCUCUGCUGGACUCUGUCUUGAUGGGGCCAGGACUCUUAGAUGCUCUCCAGGCUUUAGCGCCACCUGCAGAUGGCCAGUCGCUUUUGCUCUCUGCCCAGCUCACUCAUCCUCCCCCUCCUCCCUUCCUGUCCCUGAACCCUGCACUGCUGGCUGCAGCUCUUGCACAGGCUGAAACCCUUCCCAACCACACACCAUCCCCCCCACCUCAUACUCAGGGGACAAUUUCCAGUCCUGCACUGGUUUCUACCUCUGUGUCCUGUACCCCACUGUUACCGGUCACUGGACAGGAAACAUGUGACUCGCUGACCGAGCAAGAGAAAACUAACAGCCAGACACCUCAGUUUCUUCCUACAAUCUUGUCUCAAGGGGUCCUGGGUGACCUGGCAGCUUUGGGGAACAUUAAUAGUCUACAUAGUUUACUAGCAGCUGGGCCUUUGUUGCUGUCCCAGGCUCCGUCACUGGGAAUGUCACUGCCACAGAACCAGGCUGCCCUUAACCCACUAACGUGCCUGCAGCUGUCUAUGGGUCCAACACUAAUGGGUGAGAAACCACUGGCAGUACAUGAGACCACACCUGCACAAGAAGAGCUCCCAGCUUCCCAUCUUUGUGAGGAAUCCCUGCUUAACCCUGGCCACCUACAACCGCCUACACAGCAGAGGGAAGAGACAGCUGGGGCUGAACCAGGGCUUAUUGACCCAUAUGGAUCCUUUAUGGAUACCAUCUACACUUCCUUCCUGCAGGUGAGUGGGCGUGGCUCAGAGGGAGGGAGUGACUCUACCCCGCUCUCAUACCCAGAGCUCGCACCUUCUCUUAGUCCUCGGCGAGCAUGCUCGGUGCACAAUCCUGACCUGUCCCGUCUCAGCAUGGAAGCGGCCCAGUCUCCAGCCCGCGGCACACCCAAACUCAGCGAAGACCCGCCCAUCACUCCACCUUGUAAAUCUGCAGAGUCUCACCCACCAGAUGCCCCCCUUCAUCUCACAUUUAUGGAAGAGGCAAAGACUGAUGGCUCAGCCAAGCUGUGUGUCUAUAGCAAUGGCAUAGUUUCAGGAGUGAGAAGAGAUGAAGAUGGGGAAGAAGAACAAAGACAGGCACCAGAAUACUUGAGCCCCAGAGAGAGAGUAAGCAUUGACCCAGUGGAUGAGACCAUGGGUAACAUGGACACAGAGCAAGGGAGGUUUGCAUGUUUUCCCUGUUCUUACAGGGGUUUCCUCCAGGUACUUCAGGUUCUCCAGAGUCGAAAGACGUGCAUUGUUGGCCGAUUGGCAUCUCUAAUAUGCUUUAGAAAUUCGUACAGGAGCCAGGAGGGGAAGAAAACGAAAACAAACGCUGCAGAGAGGGCCUGAGUUUCCUGGAGAUAUUGAGCGCAUCAUAGAGGAACCAGCAGCUACAAUAGCACUGCAGAGGCCAGCGAGAGGGAAAAGGCGGCGUGUGGUCAGAUAGAUGUUCUAACAGAAGCCCUUAUUCUACUGUACUUUACACACCAACACCAGCACUGUCAGUAUGGCAAACCCACAGUGUGCAAUUGAGCAGCAUUGUGUUGUCCUGCAGAACGCACUCCAUCUUAAAAGCCUAGUUACCCGUCACGCCUUCUUCUUUCAUCAUUCAUUCCCGCUCUUGUGGAUUUGACCCGUUGUUCUGUUACAUAUUUCUAGCCACAGUGACGAGAACAAUACAAGUGAUAGAGUUGGCUAGCCAACACUACUGCAUAGGAUCUUUCCCUUGUUUUACUCUCUAUAUUAAUGAUGGGCCUGUAAUGCCCUCUAUCUGCCAACCAUUGUUACUGCAUUCCCUCUAGUUCAUUUCCUACCUACCAUGUAUCAUGCUGGAGUAAUUCUGGGAUAAUGGCCCAUGAAAACUUUGACUGAAAACAAUUAUUUACAGGCUUAACCUUGUCAUUACUUAUGUGAUGACUUACAUAACCUCAUGAGUAGAAUCUCCUUCUCACACAGUGUUGUGUGUAAGGAAAGUAUGUACUGUAUGUGUGUAAGUUGCGGGGGCCGGAGUCCAAUACUGUGAGCCGUGGCAGAUUCUGCAUGUAUAGUCAGAGCUGUAACUCGCCCAUUCCAUUUCCUCUGACACCAACUGCCACUUCAUCAACAUAGGCACAAAAUAUUAAAUUAAUGGUUUAAAGUAAUAAUGAGGAUGAUUAUGCAAUUUUACUAAUGAAUUUAUGUAAAUAUGUACAGUUUUAGUAUUUUAUUUUGUACACUUUUUUAGGACAAAAUGAUCAAUUUGUAAAGUAUUUCCUUCUCAGACAAAAAACCUUUCCUUUCCCAUAUUUACGUUGGUUUUGUAAAGAGAAUACUUUGUGAGCAGUAGCAUUUCUUUGUUUUUAUGGGAGUCGACUUUUAUUUAACAAAUUAAAAUGUUUACCUGUAUCUUU